AACAAUGGAUUUCUCUUUCUCUUUCAUGCAAGGGAUCAUGGGAAACACAAUUCAGCAACCACCUCAACUCAUUGACUCAGCCAACAUCCGCCAAGAGGAUGCCUUUGAUGCCAGCAGUGACAUUGCUGAAGAUGGUGGACAAACGCCAUACGACACUGCCCUGCAGCAAGGCUUUCAGUACCCUACGCCCACGACGGAGGACCUUCCACCCAUCACUAAUGGCUACCCACCAACAAUCAAUAUGUACGAACCUCAAGCCAAAUACCAGACGUACAGUCAAUAUCCCAAUGGUUCUGCCAAUGGUUUUGGUACGGUCAGGAACUUUAGUCCCCCAGAGUAUUACCAAAUGGAAAACUCUAAUGCAAGGCCGCACGAAGUUCUGGAAAAACCUUCCCCUCCACAGCCACCGCCUCCACCACCACCUUCAGUUUCACAAACGGUGAUUCCAAAGAAGACUGGCUCACCAGAGAUCAAAUUAAAAAUAACCAAAACUAUCCAGAACGGCAGGGAAUUGUUUGAGUCCUCUCUGUGUGGGGACCUUUUAAAUGAAGUACAAGCGAGUGAGUAUGCUAAGGCGAAACAUGAAGGGAGAAAAGAGAAAAGGAAAAAAAGUAGCAAGCAUGACUCUUCCCGAUCGGAAGAGCGCAAGUCGCACAAAAUUCCAAAAUUAGAACCAGAGGAGCAAAAUAGACCAAAUGAGAGGCUUAGCGUGCCGUCAGAAAGACCAAGAGAAGAUACAGUGUUGGAGGAAACCCCGGUCCAGCAGUUCUUGCCUUCUCUUCCAACACAAGUCACCCAUGACAUCAAGUUUCAGGUUGGCGAUCUGGUUUGGUCCAAGGUGGGAACAUACCCAUGGUGGCCUUGCAUGGUUUCAUGUGAUCCGCAGCUUGAUGUUCAUACCAAAAUUAAUACAAGAGGUGCCCGUGAAUACCAUGUUCAGUUUUUUAGCAACCAGCCAGAGAGGGCAUGGGUGCACGAGAAGCGCGUUCGCGAGUACAAAGGACACAAACAGUAUGAGCAAUUACUGGCUGAGGCUGCUAAGCAAGCCAGCAACCACUCUGAGAAACAGAAGAUUCGCAAACCAAGGCCGCAAAGAGAGCGUGCUCAGUGGGAUAUUGGUAUUGCCCAUGCUGAGAAAGCAUUGAAAAUGACUCGGGAAGAAAGGAUAGAACAAUACACCUUCAUUUAUAUAGACAAAGAGCCAGAGGAGGUUUUGUCAAAAGCCAAAAAGACUGCUGCUUCUAAAUCAGAGGCCAAGAAGAACCGACGACCGAAGCCAGCAUUGAACACCCAGCCAGAACAUGCCAACGUGGUAGCAGCGUCGCCUUCAAAUGCUGAGGUGCGAAGACAAAGCCAACGGAGGCAGUCAAGUGUGGAAGAAGAGGAGCCACCUCCUGUGAAAAUCGCAUGGAAAACAGCUGCAGCUAGAAAAUCCUUACCAGCUUCAAUAACCAUGCACAAUUUGGAUCUUCAAAAAUGUAACAUGUCUCCAGUUGUUAAAAUUGAACAGGUUUUUGCCCUUCAGAAUGCUGCUGGGGAUGGAAAACUCAUCGAUCAGUUUGUUUAUUCCACUAAGGGAGUUGGUAACAAAACAGAAAUAAGCGUCAAAGGACAAGAAAAACUUAAUUCUUCAUCAAAUCAGAGAAAUGACAAAGCAGCGGUGCAAAAUGUGUCCUCUCCUGAAACAACUUCUGGGUCAACAGGUUGUAUAGAAAAGAAGCAACAGAGAAGAUCGAUUCGAACCCGCUCAGAGUCUGAGAAAUCCACUGAAGUUGUGCCAAAGAAGAAGAUCAAAAAGGAGCAGGUUGAAAUGGUUCCACUGACAGCAGUGAAGACAGGAUUGCAGAAAGGUGCCAGCGAGAUUUCAGAUUCUUGUAAACCUUUAAAGAAAAGGAGUCGUGCCUCAACUGAUGUAGAACUGACUAGCUCAGCUUACAGAGAUACAUCUGACUCUGAUUCAAGAGGACUUAAUGAUUUACAGGGUAGUUUUGGAAAACGUUCAGACAGCCCAUCAGCUACUGCCGAUGCUGAUGCUUCUGAUGUGCAGUCGGUAGACUCUAGCUUAUCCAGGAGAGGAACUGGAACAAAUAAAAAAGACACUGUUUGUCAGAUCUGCGAGAGCUCUGGCGAGUCUCUGUUGUCCUGCGAGGGCGAGUGUUGCAGCGUCUUUCAUAUGGAGUGCCUCGGCCUGAAAUCAAUGCCCGAUGAGAAGUUCAUCUGCACUGAGUGUAAAAACGGAGAACAUACGUGCUUUUCAUGCAAACUUCCUGGCAAAGAUGUGAAGCGCUGUUCCGUCAACACGUGUGGUAAAUUUUAUCACGAGGCCUGUGUUCGCAAGUUUGCCACUGCUCUGUUUGAGUCGCGAGGAUUUCGUUGCCCGCAGCAUUGCUGUACUGCCUGCUCAGUGGAUAAGGAUAUUCAUAAAGCAAGCAAAGGUGAGAAUAGAGCUGGCUUUGAACAGCAGGAGGUAACUCAAAUGCAUCGUCACAGUCGCAUGGUGAGAUGUUUCAGAUGUCCCAUUGCCUAUCACUCAGGAGAUGGCUGUAUUGCUGCAGGAAGCUUGUUUGUGUCAUCCCACAUUCUCAUCUGUAGUAACCAUUCCAAAAGGAAUCACUCCUCAUCAGCUGUUAAUGUAGGCUUUUGUUUCGUUUGUGCAAGAGGGUUGGUAGUGCAGGAUCAUUCAGACCCCCUGUUCAGUUCAUAUGCCUAUAAGUCCCACUACCUACUGAAUGAAUCAAAUCGUGCUGAGUUGAUGAAAUUACCUAUGAUUCCUCCUCCUUCGUCAGCUUCCAAAAAGAAAUGUGAGAAAGGUGGAAAGCUGUUAUGCUGUGAAUCCUGCCCAGCUUCCUUUCACCCUGAGUGUCUCAACAUAGAAAUGCCUGAGGGAUGCUGGAAUUGCAAUGACUGUAAAGCUGGCAAGAAGCUACGUUACAAGCAGAUCGUUUGGGUUAAGCUUGGAAAUUACAGGUGGUGGCCAGCAGAGAUCUGCAAUCCCAGGUCUGUGCCUCUCAACAUACAGGGCCUCAAACAUGAUAUCGGGGACUUCCCAGUAUUUUUCUUUGGUUCACAUGACUACUAUUGGGUACACCAGGGCAGAGUUUUCCCUUAUGUUGAAGGAGAUAAAAGCUUUGCUGAGGGGCAAACUAGUAUUAACAAGACCUUCAAGAAAGCACUUGAAGAAGCGGCAAAGCGCUUCCAGGAGCUGAAAGCACAAAGAGAAAGCAAAGAGGCAUUAGAAAUUGAAAGGAAUUCAAGGAAACCUCCACCUUAUAAACACAUUAAAUCCAACAAGGUAAUAGGGAAGGUUCAGAUUCAGGUAGCUGAUCUGUCAGAAAUCCCUCGCUGUAACUGCAAGCCGUCGGACGAGAACCCCUGUGGCCUGGAGUCGGAGUGUCUGAACAGGAUGCUGCAGUAUGAGUGCCAUCCCCAGGUGUGCCCAGCGGGAGAGCGUUGUCAGAACCAGUGCUUCACCAAAAGACUGUACCCUGAUGCUGAAAUCAUAAAAACUGAUCGACGUGGAUGGGGUCUCAGGACAAAAAGGAGCAUUAAAAAGGGAGAAUUUGUGAAUGAAUAUGUUGGCGAGCUAAUUGAUGAAGAAGAGUGCAGGUUGCGGAUCAAACGUGCACAUGAAAACAGCGUAACCAAUUUUUAUAUGUUAACUGUAACAAAGGACCGGAUAAUAGAUGCUGGCCCAAAGGGGAAUUAUUCUCGGUUUAUGAACCAUAGUUGUAAUCCAAACUGUGAAACACAGAAAUGGACAGUGAAUGGUGACAUUAGAGUUGGACUGUUCGCUCUGUGUGAUAUUCCUGCAGGAAUGGAGUUAACAUUUAAUUAUAACUUGGAUUGCCUGGGCAAUGGUAGGACCGAAUGUCAUUGCGGAGCAGAAAACUGCAGUGGUUUCCUAGGAGUGCGUCCAAAGACAGCAUUUGCAACAGCAAAUGAAGAGAAGGUGAAGAAUGCAAAAUUAAAGCAGAAGAAACGGAAAAUAAAAACAGAACAGAAGCAGAUGCAUGAAGACAACUGUUUCCAGUGUGGAGAUGGGGGAGAACUGGUCAUGUGUGACAAAAAGGACUGUCCCAAAGCAUACCACCUCCUAUGCCUUAACCUGACUCAACCACCUUUUGGAAAGUGGGAAUGUCCGUGGCAUCAGUGCGACAUCUGUAGCAAUCCUGCAGUUUCAUUCUGUGAGUUUUGCCCUCAUUCGUUCUGCAAAGAUCACGAGAAGGGAGCCCUGGUGGCAUCAGCGUUGGAUGGCCGUCUCUGCUGCUCUGCACAUGACCCCAAAUCCCCUGUGGCACCCGAGUACUGGAGCAAGAUAAAGUGCAAAUUGGAACCACAGAAUCCUGUAGAAGAAGCAAAGGAGUGAAUUUGGUUAAAAACAAACGGGAGGGGAGAAGAGGGGCAAACAGGCGAUGAACUUGAAGAGACUGCUAUGACACAUUCAGUCUUUGUCAUCGGAGCCGUCGUGUGUGAACUGGGAACGGGACCAUUUAAUCUUAGCAAGCAGAAGCAGGCAGUGGUGUUCGGUUUUUAUUGUUUGGUCUUUCUUUUACCCUUGAAUGUGCUACAGCAGCUCUUACUGUUGGAAACCAGAAAUGUCUUGGCCUUCAAAGAAAAACCUAGACCUUUUGACAGUGAAAAGAAUAUUCUGUUUAAAAUAUGUUCUUUGAGUGUAGAAAGCAAAGCAUA